AUGUACCUACUGGAACGACUCCGUGCUGUGGUAAGACGUCGCCUCGAACGUCACUCACUGGAACCGCGCGAACAGUACAACGCCAUCGUGAGGGGCAUUAAUACUAUCGGUGGUCUGGUCGGGAUCGAUGUUUUUUCACCAAACUUUUCACCGGGAAAUGUUCACCUCCGGCUGGUGCUGCUGAACUCGUUUGCAUUUUUCUGGAUCAAUCUGUACAACCUAACCACCACGUACGGUAAUCUGGUCGAUUUUAUGUUCUGUCUCGAGACGCUCCUGUACGUGUUCAUCGCCUGGAUCAAGAUGCACGUGUUUGUGAAGCAUAAAACGCUCAUACUGAAGCUGCAUCAAUUUAUGGUAGAAUUCUUCGACCAAUUUCAAGGCGAUCCCGAACAGGACGCAUUACUCGUCAAGACAUUGCAGGACACAUUCCUGCUGGUGGCACUGUUCGGAUUCUGCUCUAGUGCAGCGGCCGCACUCAUCUUCGUGUACUCGUUAAUCUGGUCGGUCUUUGUCGAAUAUGCGCUCCCGCUCGGCUUCUAUAUUCCCACGGUCGGUAUGAACUAUCUAGAGGGGUUCGCUUUGAACUAUGCGUUUCAACUGCUAGAAAGUGCCCUCAUGGUGUCCGGGAUCAUCUCCAGUGAGACUGCUUUCUUCAUGUUUUUGCAAAACGCUUGCCUGCAGGUCGAUAUGCUAAGGCUUGAGUUGGACCGGUUGGGUCGACUUGGCGCCUUGAACACCGAUGGACGUCAUACGGGUGAAAUACGAACCCGGAUACAAACGAUCAUCGAACAUCAUAUCAAACAUUUGGAGUAA